ACUAUUAUUUUAUUUACAUUCUUUUAUGCUCAACCGACAGGUCUGUCAUCCACGGCUUCCUUUAACUACAUGGCAAUUGAAGCUGGAGGUGAAGAAAAUUUAGGACACUCGAAGAAAGACCAUCUAAAUUACUGCACGAGGUUAAAAAUGAAGCAAAUAGAAGGAGGUGAUGCACAAGCAGUAACUGACAUAAUGUAUUUAGAGCUUGAAGGUGACCCAAACUUCUUUUUUAGAUUUAGAUUGGAUGAAAAAGGCAAAUUGAGGAGUUUGUUUUGGAGGGACUCUAUGAUGAUAGAAUACUAUGGAAUUUUUGGAGAUAUAGUGGUUUUUGACACAACCUAUAGAACAAACCGGUAUAACCUAAUUUGUGCUCCAAUAGUUGGAAUAAACAACCACUGGAACAAUUGCAUGUUUGGUUGUGCAUUCAUAGGAGAUGAAAAGAUUGAGUCGUUUGUGUGGCUUCUACAAACUUUCAAAAAGUCAAUGGGGGGAAAAAAGUCCAAUAUCAAUCUUUACAGAUCAAGAUGCAGCAAUGAACAAUGCCAUCAAUCAGGUCUUUCCAGAUUCAAGACACAGAUUAUGUGUAUGGCAUUUGCAUCAGAAUGCUAUUACCAGAUUUGGGGCAUUGAAACGAGAUCCAACUUUUAAGAAGACAUUCAACUAUUGCUUGUAUAAGUGUGUCACAGUAGUUGAAUUUGAAACCAAUUGGAGAUCAAUGCUGCAACAAUAUGAGCUGAUAGGGGAAGAGUGGUUUACAAAUGUAUA